UUUAAAUCAGUGACCACCUGCUCCUCUGGCGUCAGCAUCCUCCGCAGGCGGCACGGUGCGGAUCGAUACGGCAGUAAAAUGUUCAAAGUGGGAUAUUUUGGGAAAAGCUCGACAUGCACGGAGACAGAAACGCGAUCACCGGGCUGAGUGUCUCGACGGGGGACAAGCAUGAAACCUGACAUCAAAUCUAACGUCAAGCUUUGUGAUAGUCUGGCGACCUGUCCUCGGUGUACAUCGGAGCCAGUGCUGUUGGCAGAACCACACCUGAGACCUGAACGCCAGAAUGACCUCAACACAUCCUUAACACUGUCCCACCAUCAGGUGCAGCAGGUGGAAACCAUAGCAACAGACGUGUGUAUCCUGAGGAUGCCUCUCUGUUUUAUCAAGGUUGCAUCAGAGACUGAAGCAUUAUCCAAGAAUGAGCUUCUGCUAAGUGGAAGGAAGACAGGCUGUACCAUGGAUAUUGCCAUGGAACACCAACUGCUGGAGGAGAAAUUAAUGUGUAUACCACAACAGUAAUCAAGCAUGGAUCUUCUUUUGGGCUGACGUCCCCUGACAAUAGCUGCUAUGGCUUUUUGUAAUGAAAGCCUGCUGGAGGAGUGCAGCUUCAUGGGGCCGGACAAUGCAGAGGACACAGCUGAAAGUCUCCCGUCAGAGGCUGCAGCUCCCCUCAUAUCAGUCACUUUACGCGUGACCCUGGCAGCCAUAAUGAUCUUCAUGAUUACUAUUGGUUUCCUCGGGAACGCCAUUGUGUGUCUGAUUGUUUACCAGAAACCUGCCAUGCGCUCCGCUAUCAAUCUCCUCCUCGCCACGUUGGCCUUUUCGGACAUAAUGCUCUCUUUACUCUGCAUGCCCUUCACUGCAGUCACUGUGGCCACCGCCGACUGGAGCUUUGGGAGCGGGUUCUGCCGAGCGUCCAUCAUGCUGUACUGGCUUUUUGUCCUAGAGGGGGUGUCCAUACUCCUCAUAAUCAGCGUGGACCGCUUCCUCAUCAUUGUGCAGCGGCAGGACAAGUUGACGCCACACAGAGCUAAACUGUUGAUUGCAGGUUCAUGGGUGCUGAGCCUGUGUGUGUCUCUGCCGUCUGUAGUCGGGUGGAGGACAGGUGCAGCAAGUGUUGGGGGCGCCUGGGCGCCGCAGUGUGUGCUGGGAUACAGUGACUCUCUGGCAGACCGUGGGUACACAGUGCUGCUGGCAGUAGCAGUAUUCUUUGUACCAUUUGCUGUCAUGCUGUACUCUUACAUGUGCAUCCUCAACACAGUGCGCCGCAACACCCUGCGCAUCCACAACCACACCAGCGAGCAUUCCUGCCUGCCAGCACUCAACCAGGUCAGCAAAAUGAGACUCACGGGGCUGCAGCGGCCCCCUCAGAUCAAAGUGGACAUGAGCUUCAAGACCCGAGCCUUCACCACCAUCCUCAUCCUCUUUGUCGGCUUCUCUGUGUGCUGGCUGCCGCACACGGUGGUCAGCUUGCUGGCCGUUUUCAGCCGACAAUUCUACUACAGCUCGGUCUUCUACCCAAUCAGCAUAGGCGCCCUUUGGCUCAGCUACCUGAAGACGGUCUUCAACCCCGUCAUCUACUGUUGGAGGAUCAGAAAGUUCAGGGAGGCCUGUCAGGAGUUUAUCCCCAAGAGCUGCAGACUGUGUCCCAGAGUGCCGGGCCGGAGCCGCAGGAGAGUGAGGCCCAGCAACAUCUACGUGUGCAGCGAGACUCAGUCAGCUGUGUGAAACAAGGAAGUUGUUGAUGCACAAACCAGCAGCUGUUGACACUCCUAUCAGCUGUUUUUAACUCUAUACUAGACAAUAUACUGGACAUUGACAAAAUAAUCGCACCACAAGCAGUAACUUUCAGUGUCAACUUUUUAAGCCAGCAUCAGUGAGAAAUCCUUAAAGUGCUCAGAGAAAUUAAAUGUGAGCAUCGGCAAUUCCAUGACAACCGGAAUUGCCGAUGCAAGGAAGGUCAUGUGACACAAUCGACUGCUCAAGGACAGCUAAUGAAUGGACCUUGUGGUAAGAUUAUUGUGUCUGCUACUUUCAGUCUCAAGAUAUACCAGAUGAUUUAACUUAAGCCCCUUUUACACUGCCUGUUCAAGGUGGGAAUGCCAUUGUUAUUCCUUACCCAUAAAAGGUACGAUCACGAAAUGGGGGGCAGAGUUGUCUCGCCCUUCAGCCGGCAGCAGAGGCAGUAACAGUGCUGACAGUGUAAAAUGGACAGUAGGCAGGACAGGAUGGGCAUGACGUGUUGUGUGGAACCAGGAAAUAAAAAACCCCAGUGAGGAGCAGUUAGCGGCAAACUCAAACAAACAGAACAGCAACCAAAAAUGUCUGCAAAUUGGGGAAACAGUGAGGUCCAGGAGAUCCUUACCCUCCACACUACAGGCCAACACAGUUGUGUCACAGUACGUGUCCACAGGAUCCGUCUCUGUAAGCAGCGGUGCAAUGCAUUCUGGUUUUGAGAGACAGGGCGUCCAGUCUUCUUUAGCAUAAAUGAAUGUAGGCUACUUUAUGGAAAUCAGGAGUGCGGCGCAACUUGAUGUCUCUGGAAACUCCUCAAAAACUUCUGAGUAACCUUUGUUCAUCUAAAAUGUAGACAGAUUCAGUAACUGCACGGCUUAUUUCUCAACCCAGAUGUUUUCAGAAACACAUUUUGAUCAACUGUUCUCAUGCUUCUGCUGGAGAUAGCCGUGACAUUAUGUUAUCAGGUUUUCUGUCCGUCUGUCCCAUUCUUGUGAAUAUCUCAAGAACGACUUUAGGGAUUUUUCUUUAAAUUUGACACAAACGUCCACUUUGAUGGUAGAAGGUUAAAGAUCGAGGUCAUUGUGACCACAUCUAUUGCAUCCUUGUAAAUGUGGUAUCUUAAGAACACCUUGGGGAAAUUUCUCCAAAUUUGACACAAACGUCCUUGGACUCAAGAAUAAAUUGAUUAG